AUGAAGCAAACUAUUUCAAAAAGAAAGGUACCAGAAUCAUUAAAAAAAUUCCAUGAAGGAACUCAAGAAAGUAUCAUCCGGUGGUAUAAGAUUACAAAAACAAAUAAUAUUGAUCUUAAAGAAGAUGAUGAUUUUUAUCUUAAUCCAAUGUUAUUAAUUAUAAAGUGGAAUGAUAUUGGAAUGAGACAACGAAAUAUUCAAAAAGAUAAUGUGAUCAAUGUUAUUCAAGGGUUUAAUGGUUGUCAACAAUAUCCAAAUAAUAUUACAACUAAAUUUGGAAUUAAUAUUGAUGUUCUAUCUGAAUCUAUCUUCUGUAUCAAUGAUACUCAUACUAUUGGAAAACAGCAAAUUGCUGAAAAUAUUGUUGCAUUACUUAGACAAACAUAUUUUCAAAGGCAUCUUACUUCAUUAGGAAAAGUUUAUGAAAUUCAGGCUACUGAGAAAGGAAAUUCUCCUCUUAAUAAGACAAUUUGA